AUGACCUCUAGGCGGUGUCCUUUUAGAGUGAUCCGCAUCUGUCUGCCUCACUGUGCACUGGGCAGAGAUGGGAUUUGGAGCAUUAUUGUUCUGUCCCGAGCGUUUAGGAACCGUUUCGUGGAGCUGCAUUUUGAUGAGCUGCCCAGUGUAGAGCUUGAGAACAUUCUCCAUCAGCGCUGCAGUUUGCCCCCAUCCUACUGCUCCAAACUCAUCAAAGUCAUGCAGAACUUGCAGUCCUUGCGUAGAGGAUCCAGUGUGUUUGCUGGGAAACAUGGGUACAUUACCCUAAGAGACCUGUUCCGCUGGGCUGAACGCUAUAGGCGAGAGCAGAAUGACACCUCACGUGAUUGGCUACAACAUUUGGCUGAUGACGGCUACAUGCUGUUGGCCGGCCGUGUCAGAAAGCCAGAGGAAGCGCUGACCAUCCAGAACAUUUUGGAGAAGCACUUUAAAAGGACUGUGAACUUAGAUGCUCUUUUCUCUGAAGCUCAGGUCACCUCUCAGUUCAGCCCUUUUGUGGACAGCAUUGCGGGUGUCCCUGAAGAGUUCGGUCAUGUGGUGUGGACCCAGGGCAUGAGGAGACUGGCUGUGCUAGUGGGACGAGCGCUUCAUUUUGGAGAGUCUGUUCUGCUUGUUGGGGACACGGGCUGUGGUAAAACCACCAUCUGCCAGCUGUUUGCUGCAUUAGUUGGUCAGAAGUUCUUCUCUGUGAACUGUCACUUGCAUAUGGAGACGUCUGACUUUCUGGGUGGCCUGCGACCUGUCCGUCACACGGGAACCCAACAGGCUGAUGCGGAGGACGGCCGUCUGUUUGAAUGGCAUGAUGGACACUGGUGCUGGCGAUGAAACAGGACGGUGGUUUUUCUAAUGGAUGAGAUCUCGCUGGCAGAUGACUCUGUGCUGGAGAGACUCAACAGGUCGUGUUGGAGGACUGAAAAAUCAUUGGUGCUGGCAGAGAAAGGCAGCGGAGAUGAUGAUGAUGUUGAGCUGAUCAUUGCCGAGAAGUUCCGGCUUGUCUCUACCAUGAACCCCGGAGGUGAUUUUGGAAAGAAAGAGCUGUCUCCAGCACUCAGGAACAGGUUCACAGAGAUUUGGUGCCCCCAGAGCAACAGUCGUAAUGAUCUAAUGCAGAUCAUCCAACACAAUCUAAGGCCUGGACUCUCUCUGGACCAGAAUGACCACCAAGGUAAAGACAUAGCAGAGCUCAUGCUGGACUUCAUCGACUGGCUGACCAAUCAGGAGUUUGGCCGGCGGUGUAUUCUAAGCGUGCGAGACAUUCUGUCAUGGGUGAACUUCAUGAACACCGUAUGUGAGCGGGACGAGGACGGCUUCAUGACCAUGGGGGAGCUGGACGAGGAGGAGCCCGAAUGGGACCUGCGAUUGGACACCGUAACAGCCUUUAUUCAUGCUGCGUGCCUUGUGUAUGUGGACGGAAUCGGCUCAGGAACCACAGUGUCGGCAGCAGAGAAUGCCCUGGUGGCACGGAAAUUGAGUAUGGAAUACCUGGAGAAGAGACUGAGCAGAAUUACAGAGCUAGAUGAGGAGAUGAGGGAUGCGCUCAGAGUCUACGACACUAAUGUCCCCCGAGAGCCCCAGUGGGGUGAAGACUUCUUCGGCAUUGACCCCUUCUACAUCGCUGCAGGUUCUGAGAGUGAGGGCAGGAGUCUGUCGCACUACGCUUUGAGUGCGGGCACCACUGCAGUGAAUGCUCAGAGGAUAUUACGGGCACUGAAGCUUCAAAGACCCAUACUUCUGGAGGGCUCACCUGGAGUGGGCAAAACCAGCCUGGUCGCUGCCCUUGCCAAGGCCUCUGGGAACCAUCUUGUCAGGAUCAACCUGUCUGAACAAACUGUAUGUCAGAUGUUAACGGAUCUCUUUGGGACAGACCUGCCAGUGGAAGGUGGGAAAGGAGGAGAGUUUGCAUGGCGGGACGGUCCUCUUCUUGCUGGGCUGAAGGCUGGACAUUGGAUCGUCCUAGAUGAGCUGAAUCUGGCCUCUCAGUCAGUGCUGGAAGGUCUGAAUGCUUGCUUUGACCAUCGUGCUGAGAUCUACAUCCCUGAGCUGGGCAUGCGCUUCCACGUUCAGCAUGGGAAGACCAAGAUCUUUGGCUGCCAAAACCCUUUCACACAGGGAGGAGGACGCAAAGGCCUUCCCAAGUCCUUCCUAAACAGAUUCACGCAGGUUUAUGUGGAUGCACUAACCAAUGAAGACAUGCAGUUCAUUGGUGACUCCAUCUUUCCUAACAUUGACAAUGCGAUCAUUUCAAAAAUGGUGCAGUUUAGUAGCCGGCUUGUCCAAGAAGUGACAGUUGAACGGAAAUGGGGCCAGAUAGGAGGACCAUGGGAGUUUAAUCUCCGUGACCUGUUCCGUUGGUGCCAGCUGAUGCAGACCGACCAAUCGCCAGGCUUCUUCAACCCUGGCCAGCAUGUUGGACUUGUGUACGCUGACCGCAUGAGGACCGAGGCAGACAAGGCCCAGGUGUUAGCAGUGUUUAGGAAGGUGUUUGGAGAAGACUUUGAACCUUAUAUGGGCUCCAGACAGUUCCAUAUCACCCCUUUGAACUUACAGUUGGGUUACUCAGUCCUGCAGCGUAGUGGAGGGGCACCUAUUGCUCUGGAUCCUCCUUUGUCGAUUACCCAUCAUUCUUUGCACCCUCUGGAAGCCCUGAUGAAGUGUGUGGAGAUGGGGUGGAUGGUCAUACUGGUGGGUCCCACUGCGAGUGGAAAGAGCAGUCUAGUGCAUCUGCUUGCGCUGUUAACGGGACACAGACUGAGGGUCAUGGCCAUGAACAGCGCCAUGGACACAACGGAGCUGCUGGGUGGUUUUGAGCAGGUGGACAUCAUACGGCCAUGGCAGCAGGUCUUGGAGAGCAUGGACUAUGUGGUGGCCAUGGUGACCAGACGAGGUCUGAUGUCAUUGGACGGGGCGGUGCAGGACACUGAGUUUCUGUUGAGCACGUGGAGCACUUUCCGCCGCUGGCUGAGAGAGGAGGGUCUGGAUACCACAGAGGGCAUGGUCACGUUUGAGGCCUUAAACAAACUGGAGGUCAUCAUUGUUCUGCUACACAAACUCAACACUAAACUCAAGGUCUUAACAGACAUGUCAAAGCUGCAGAUGGACUUCACUCUACUGAAGGAGCGGUUGGCCCAAAUGCAGGACGGCUGGACUCAUGGGGGCUUUGAGUGGCUGGAUGGGAUGUUAGUUCAGGCGCUGCAGGCUGGAGACUGGUUGCUCAUGGACAAUGUCAACUUCUGCAGCCCUUCAGUGUUGGAUCGACUGAAUGCCCUUCUGGAGCCUGGCGGGUCAUUAACCAUUAAUGAACGAGGGAUCAUUGAUGGAACCACACCCACCAUCACACCCCACCCUAACUUCAGGUUGUUCCUCACCAUGGAUCCCACACAUGGGGAAAUCUCUCGAGCCAUGAGAAACCGUGGUGUUGAGAUCUACAUCCCUGGCGAGCAUGAGGGAGUGUGCUGGGACACCCUGGAUCUAAAGAUGGUGUUACACACCCUGGGUGUGACGGGAGACUGUGUGUGUGACCUGCUGAUCUCCAUUCAUUCAGAAAUCAAGAACACAAUAUGGGACUCACCUGCAUCAUCCUUGUCAUCUCUGCUCCAUGCUGCGUCUCUGUUGUCUGGUCAGCUCCAGAGAGGAGUUGAUCUGCCCAGUGCCCUUUUACAGGCCUGUGGAGAGGCUUAUGCUUUCUGUCAACGCACCACUGCUAACCAGCAGCUGGCUCAGGAAGUCAUUGAGAGGCAGCUGGCAGUGCUGGACUCUGAGGACUGGGGCAGUGGGCUGCUAUGUGCGGGUGUGUGGCCGGACCGCAUCCCCUCAGCCCUGAUGUGCACUGAGGACUCGUGUUUCUCCAGUGUCCAGAGAGACGGACAGGUCCUCCUGUACUGCCUCAACACUCUCAGUCUUUACGAAAAAAGAAAUCGUCCACUGAGCCUGGUUGACCUGCAGAGGGCAAUGCAGAGCGGUGCUGUGCUGGAUGGGCUGCAGUUUUCUGGUGGUGGAGGACUGGACGGUGGAGCUGAGGAUGCCCUUCGCCUCCUCCCGACAGCUGUUAAAAUACUGACAGAAAGAGCUUCUCACAGUGACUGGGUCCUCAGAACCAGCUGGCUCUCCCACCUUACCAAAACGUACAAACAUGCAGAUGCAGCUCUGAUGCAGUUGGAGGCAGGAUGCACAGCGCUGAAGGCCGUAUUCAACAGCAAGCUUAUCGGGAAAGGCAAAUGUCUGGCAGAGCUCUUGCAACCACACAGCACAGACGACUACAGGAUUCUGGUCGACAUGCGCUGGAACAAGCAGUACUUGGACAUUUUGGCAAACACAUGCAACUUUGAGGAUGAGGAGAGAUACAUGGAAUUCAUGGAAGCCCUGAAUGCUGUUGCCAACAGAAUCACAUUGCUGAUGGACCGAGAGGAGAGUGCAGCUAUUAACAGCAGUGCUGGAAACAGCUCGCCUCAUAACAGCGCACUUAGACUGGCCACUUCUUUCUCAAAAGGGACGGUUGACAUAGGCCACCUGCCUCAUCCAGUGUUGAUGCACCUGCGCUCAUUCUUCGACCUGUGGGAUUCAUUUGUACUGGAAGCUGUGCAGUCGGGCCAGCCCUACAUCUCCGACCACCUCAUGUUUGAGAUCCUGCAGCUGCUGCAGUGGAGGGAUCGUUUCUGGCAUGUGUGUAACACACUGUCUGCGGAUACUCGGAGUGUGUGUGUGAUGUCCCUGCACUGGCAGUGGGUGCACAAAAACCUCAUUUUGCGGCUGCCUCAGCUUUUGAUGGGGGAUAGUGACUAUGAAGGCCAACAGGAGCUACACACGAUCUCCACGGCCAUCCAGAACACACUUUCCAGCCCUGUGGCUGUGGCUUCUGCUCUGAAGGGCAUUCAGAAGACAUUAGGAAAACCACUGCCAUUUAAGCUGGAGGCGGUGGCUGAAUGUGCAGCCCGUCUGCGAGUGCUUUGCAGGGCUUUGGAUGUUAGGGACCUGCGACUGGACAACAGCCUCGCAUCCCUGUGGAAACAAGAGGUGUCUCGUCUCCGUGGUGUGGCCAUGGGAAUUGACUCCAAAGAAGCUCUACUGGAAGCUUGGGGUUUGGUGCUUCAGGCCAACAUCCUGCUGGAGCCUCAGAACUCAGGGGUUCUGGAGAGGCUUGUGAGCUGUGUGGAUCAGCAGCAGGGUCAUAUGGCUUCCUGUGGCCUGCUGGACUCUCUUUCAGAAGAUAAUGAAGAAGUUGGAGACAGUGCCGCCCCAGGCCGGGAGGUGUUACUGCAGCUUGCACGCAGGGCUCAGCUGUGGCCUGCACUGGAGGAGCUGGCAGUCCUUAACCAAAUGAAAGUCACCACAGACCUGCUGUACCUCUCAGUCACACCAAGGAGCAGUAAGGAGGCUGAAGAUGGCCUGCGCAGGUCCUUCUCUAACCAUCUGCGCUUCUGUAUGCAGUCGACCCCCAUGAAUGUCCGACAGCUGCAGCCUCUCUGGUUCCUGCUCGGCACUGAGAGGCCUGUGGAGGAGCUGCCACUGGUGUGGUGUGAGCUGCUGUCUGAGACACUCGCAGCGUUAUGGAGCGGCAGCGUGACCUCCGACCCUGACCGCUGGCUGAAGUGGAAUCCGCUGAACCCUGAGGAGCACAUGAACUCCAGAUCACUGUUGGGACCAUCUGAUACGGGUCCUGGCAUGCUGAGUCGUGCAGUGUGGUCCCGCUGCAUGCUGGGAGUUCUGAGCAGCACUGAUGCUGGUGGCCGAUGGGAUCCGUCAGGGUCACACUUCCUGUCAUCAUCACGUUUGACCCUGGGCGAGUGGAGAGAGAGAACCGGGCAGCUACAAGAUCUGAAUGCUGUGAUCUGGGAUAAUAUGGCUAUGCCUGAGCUUGCAGACUUCAGAUUAACUGACUGUAGGUUGCAAGGACUUGUGUUGCGUAGACAACUGCAGUCUCUCUCCGAGCUGUUGUCUCCAGGUUUACAGGAAAGCUAUGCAGAAUCCUGUGACAGUCUGACUGAAGGCCAGGACCCUAUUUCUGCAGCCCAGGAGAUUCAGAUCGCCCUCAGAGAAGGCCUGCCAGAAAAUCUGCUCCCAGAGGGCUUUCUAGAUACCCUAGUGACAUGCUUGACACAGUUUGCACACAACCGGGCACAAGAUUCUGUCCAACUUGCCCGGUCUGGAGUUUUUUGGGUGAAUAUGGGUCUGCUGCAAAUCCAAGUUUGGGCUCCACAAACAAUUUUUGACCCUGCAGUGAAAAGAGCCUAUAAACUCCGCUAUGCACAAGAGGAGCUUGCUUUGCUACAGGAAGAGUGGAGAGGGCGGAGUCUGUCCUCACAGCUGCUCACAGGGGCGGAGCUUGAGGAGAGUAGCACUACUGACAACUUCCAGCAUCCUCGCAUAAGGUACUUGUGGAUCCGUAUGCAGCAGGUGAAGGAGCAGAUUUGUGAACUGAGUCGUAAACAAGCCUGCCGCCCCCCUGACCCCCAAUAUGGUCGCCUGUAUCAGGAACUUCAGCACUACCUGUGCAGCAUCGGCCAACCAGCUGCAGUGGGUGACCUGCUGUCCCACCUCCUGAAGGCCUUACAGGCCCCAAAAUCAAGAUUGGGAGUUCAGGGUUUGUUGAAGGAGGAGGCUGUCUGGCAGGCUUCACAGCACCGCUUUGCCCAACGGCUGGUCGAGGAGUACCCACUUUAUCCUGACGUGGUUGUGCCCCUACGAGCAGCAAUUUUGCAAGUGCAGCAUGGCAUGCGACUCCUGGCAUCUCAGGUGUCCUCAUCGGUGACUGCCCAACCGGGUCUGUCACGUCUCGUGUCCACUAUGCUAGCUUUUCCAAGUCCAGCGGCGUCCUCUGAUCUGGCCUGUGCAGACUACCUGUGUUCAAGGGAUUGCUUGCACAUGCUAAAGGGCCUGGGAAAGCAGUUGCCAGCAACGGAAAUCAGCCGUUUGAUCCCAGAUCAUGCAGUUUUGUUGUUGAAUGCACUGCUGUACAUACAGAGUCACACACUGAGUGCUGGGCAUCUCAGUGCAGAGACGCAAAAACUCUUCAGACAUGUUUGCCAGGCUAUAGUGAAUGAAUGGGACGAGCAGGAGAAGAGAGCGAGAGAAAAAGAGCAGAUGGAAGCCAGUCUGUACCGCAGUCGCUCUCGUCUGCAUGGGACAGGGCUUACAGAGGACCAACAGGAAGAGAGAGAGUUCAGACGCUCUUUCCCGUCUUACCACAAGGAUUUUGCUGAUAUCACUUCAGAACCUAGUCUUGAUCAGCCAAUAAUCAUUGAGGAUGACGAUGAUGCAGAUCUGGAGUCGUCGUCUAGUGAGACGUGCAGCUUCCUGUUGGCCAGCAGCAUGAACACAGUGGUUCAGGUCCAUCAGAGACUCUGUUUGUCUUAUGCUCAGUCACUAUGGUACCAACCCAGCCCUCCAACCAAUCACAGCAAAGACCACAUCAGUGCCCUGGUUUCAUCAUAUCAAAUCACAGCUCCACUGAUAGCCCGCUUCUACCAUCUAAUGGAUUGUGAAGUGGACCCUAAAUUGAUGGGCUCUCAGCUUCUCCUCAGUACUCUGCUCCAGAACACUGUGAGCGGUUCUGGAGGUCCAGCUGGACUGAUUCUGCAGAGCAAUGGGCCGUAUGACUUCUACAGAGACCCCAACAUGAGUCAGGCCCGGAUCUGCCUCCCAGCGCUAGAACAGCUGAGUAAGGCUGUGAGACAGCGCCUGAGCGACUGGCCCGAACACCCUGCACUUGUUCAGAUCAUCAUGGUAAUAGAGAGGAUAUUGGCGUUUGGUCUUUCCAGCCCUCUAGCAAAGUUCCUAAACGGUCUGGAGAUCCUGCUCAGCAAAUCACAGGACUGGGAAAACAAUGCUAGCCGGGCAGUGUCUCUUAGGAAUGAGCUGGAAGCUAUCACACAGCUCAUCAUUCAGUGGAGAAAACUUGAGCUCAACUGCUGGUCAAGCAGCCUAGAUAACGCACAGAAGCGCCAUGCUGAGAAUUCAACCAAGCACUGGUUGUCCAUUUACCAACUCAUAGAGAGAUACCUACAGGAGCAGAGGACAGACACCAGACCCGAUGAUGGUGUGGAGAAUCUUUCCCUCUCGUCAGUCUCAUCCACACUGCAGGCCUUCAUUGAAGGCUCCACUUUAGGAGAGUUUUCUGUUCGCUUGUCCAUGCUGCUUGGUUUUCACUGCCAUGUACUGCUGGCUCCCAAACAGGAAGGACUCGACUCGCUCUGCAGUUUGCUGUGGAAUCUCUAUAAAUAUUACACGCAGUUCUCCGAGAGCAUCCAGGCCAAGAUCACCCAGCUGAGGUCCCCUAUAGAGAAAGAGCUCAAAGACUUUGUCAAAAUCUCCAAGUGGAAUGAUGUCAGUUUUUGGUCCAUCAAGCAGUCGGUGGAGAAGACACAUAGGACCCUGUUUAAGUUUGUGAAGAAGUUUGAGGCGGCACUGAAGGAGCCGUGUUCACCGUGUCUGGUGGAGCAGGGCAGUAGCAGCAGCAUGGAUGACGUGGAUUCACAGUCCGAGGAGACUUCUCUUCACAGGGUUCAUCGAGCUCUGAGAGCUGCCCUGUCUGGAAAGGGCCGGGAUCUGCAGGCUGAUGGUCCAGAGGAACUCUCAUCUGAUAAAGAGCCCUCGUCUCUCCAAGCCCGUCUGCCUGCCCUCACCAGGAAGAUGAAAAAGUUGUGUGUUCAACUGGUAAAGAAGACCCCUCUGCCUGAGCUCUCAGAAGACCUGGAUCAGUUCACAGCUGAGAUAAUUACCAAUGUGCAGGCCCUGCAGAGCCUGACGGUGGACCGCAGCAUGGAGCAGGAGAAGCAAAAGGCAGAGGUGAAGCACAUCCAUCUGCAGAAACAGAGAGCACUGGCUGAUCUCUUCAAGAUGCUGGCACAAAUCGGUCUGUCCUACCGUAAGGGUCUUGCCUGGGGUCAUACAGCAGACCCAGAUGAGACGAUGUGUCUGCAGCCCAUGGAGAUGAAGAUAGCCCUGUCUGCGGUCAAGACACAGGACAACACGGCGGACACGUUAUUUGUGGAGAUGAUGGAUGCGUGGGAAGGUUGUGAGAAGUACUUCUAUCGAUCCUGGGCCAGACGCAACGCCUUGCUGACGGCAUUACAAGGCGCUGUUAAGGAGCUUGGGCUGGGCAAUAUACAACGAUGUAGAGGUUUCUCUUCUCACCUGUUUAAACUUUUGCUGAAGCAAAGAGGAAGACUUGCAGGACUCACAGAGCACUGGGUCCAACUCCGGAAGUUGAUUGAGACUAUCCAGAGCAUCAAGUCUAACACGCACUGCUCUGAAGAUGAUGUCAGCGGUCUCCCUCCUCAGAAGCCUCUCCAGCACUGGAUCACCAGAGCUCAGUCUUCAGUGCUGCACUGCUCUGUUGCUCUGCAGCAGCUCUCGUGGAUCCUCCAGUGCUGUCCUGAAGGUUCUUCUGCAGCCCCUGCUGAGGCCAGGGAGGGGGAGGUCAUGCAGGGUCAGGCCACACUGAGCCACCCGUCUCCCAUGCCCCCGCACAUCCAGCCACAGGCGUGUCUGCUGCGGAGAGGGGAGCAGGCUUGGAAAGAGGUGCAGCAGAAGCUGGAGAACCUAACGAAGGAAGUGAAAGACCUGAAAGAGAAGCUGGAUGGAUUGGCCCUGGAAUCCACUGAAAGAGUUGUCCAUAGCUGGGAUCACUUCACACUUUGCUGUUCCUCCCUGGACCGGCUAGGCAUCGUGGUGGGUCAGAUGCCGGCUCUAGAACAACUCUUUAUUCCUGAUGGUGUUCCGGUCCUCCGUACCCAGCCUGCCCUCAUCUGCGGUCUCCAGGCCACAAGGAAAGAGGUGGAGACCUGUCUCACGGAGUUCACCACCUGGAAGACUCGCCUGCUCUCUAUCAGACAGUCACAGAAACGAGGACGCUCGCAUCCGUUCCCUGCUGAGUUCUCCAGGCAGCUGGAGAAAACUAUAAAUAUGGUUCUGUGUGCGGUUCAGACGCUUGUUAAGAGGAAGGAGAAGGAAAAAGCAGAGGAUCAGCAGUCAGAAAGCAAGAAAGAGAGUGACUCAGAGGUGGCAGAGGAGCUCUUGAAACCGGGACACUUGAGCAGGUUACUGGAAGAAGACCUGAGUGGAGAUGUGUCCAGUCUCUCGUUACCAGAGAUCAAUGAAGUCGUAACAGAGCUGCUGGAGAGACUUGGAUCACACCGGGAUGACUGUCAGCCCCACCAACUACUGGAACUAAAAGAGGCAUGUAGGGGUGUUGUGCGUUUGGAGCCCAUGCUGUGUCUGUACUCGGAGCUGGUGAGGUAUUAUCUGGCUGUAAUGAUGGGAGCUCACCGUACCACAGGAAAGCUGCUGUCCGUCCUCGCUAACAUCUUCACUGAACUCGCACAGAAGGGUUUCUGUCUGCCCCAGGAGCUGCUGGGAGGAGGAGACGGCGAGGGAGCCACAGAGUUCCAUGAUUAUGAGGGUGGAGGAAUAGGAGAAGGUGAAGGAGUAAAAGACGUCAGUGACAAAAUCGAGAACGAGGAUCAGGUUGAAGACACCUUCCAGGAGGGUCAGGACAAGAAGGAGGAGGAGCAAAACAAACAGGAUGUUAAAGAAGAGGACAAUGCCAUUGAGAUGUCUGAAGACUUUGAUGGAAAGAUGCAUGACGGCACAGAACAAGAGCCAGGGGAGGAUGAAGAAGACUCUGAUAAGGAAGAGGAUGAGGAGCUGGAUAAGAAGAUGGGGGAUCUGGGUGACGGUCAGACAGAUACUCUGGACGAGAGAAUGUGGGGAGAUGAAGAGGAUGAUGAGGAUGAUGCUGACAGCGAUAAAGAGGAAGAGUCUGGUCCAGGAAUGGAUCAGGGAGAGUCAGAGCUGGUGGCAAAGGAUGACAACACGGAUGCUGGAGAGUCAAACAAAGAUAAGAACCAGGACAAAGAUCACCUGAAAGAUGAGGAAGAAAAGGAGAAAAUCCAUGAACAGCUGGAUGAGCGUGAGUUUGAUGAAAAUGAAGUAGACCCGUACCACGGUAAGCAGGAGAAGGCGGCAGAACCUGAAGCCAUGGAUCUGCCAGAUGAUCUCAACCUGGAUGAAGAUGGCAAGGAUGAAGAGGGAGGGAAGGAGACGGUAUGUUCAGAGAAUCCAUUUGAUAUAGAUGACAAACUCAUGGAGGUGGAUGAGAACAAGGAAGAAGAGAAAGAUGGGUCGGAGGAAGGUGGAGAAGAGAUGACCGAUGAGCAACAAGAAGGACAGACAGAGGAGCAGGGAGAAGAAGACAAAGCAGAAGAGAAGGAAGGAGCAGACAAAUCAGAGAAUCAAGAGUCUGAAACGGAUGAAAGAGGAGAGAAUGAAGAAGAGGAGAAAGAGGAGGAGGAGAAAAAUAAAGGACAGGAAGAAGGGCGAGAUGAGAACACGUCUAUUCCAGCCGAUCAAGGGCAAACACCAAAGGAGGAAGAGGACAAGGGUGAGGAUGAUGAUGAUGAAGCACAGAUGGAAUCUGCAGAGAGGAAGGAACAUGCGUCAGAUGGACAGACAGGAGAGGAGAACGUCCAGAGUGAGACCGCAGUAGAGCUGGCUGGAGCUGCGUCAGAGAGAGACCAGGCGAAGGAGGAGGAUGGCAGCGGGGCCGCAGACGCCAGUCAGUCUGAGGGGCACGACUCCAAGCUGAUGGCCAGCAUGAGUUCACAAAAAGAGAGGCAGAGAAACACGCAGAGCUUCAAACGCAAACCUGGAAAGGCAGAUAAUGAACGCUCAAUGGGAGAUUAUAAUGAGCGUGUGAAUAAACGUUUGCGUACGGUUGACAACAGAGAGGAGAAAACACAAGAUCAGUCUCAGCCCAACACACAGCAGGAGUCUGACCUGUACGAGCACAUUAAACACGGAGAGGAGAGAUACGAUGCCCAGACAUAUGAUGCUGCCAGUGCAGAACAGCAGAAGCCAGCUGGUGUGAAACAGGAAGAGGAGGAUGAAGAAGAAGACAUUGCAAUGGAUGUGGAGGAAGAAAAGGACCUGCAAGCUGUUGAAGCCCAGGAGCUUAAACCUGAGAAGCUCGACGACAACAAAGCUUCUCAGAAAGGUUUGGAGUGUGGGGACUUGGAGGCACAGAAACAGGCCAGUGAAGAAGAAAAGGAGAAGCCAGAGACACAGAGGAGCAGUAAUGAAGAAGAGAUGAAGGAGAGGAGUGAUGAGUCCACCAUCCACACUGUGCCUGAAUUACUCAUGGACAUGCAAACGGCACCAUUGAAGAACCCAGAAGAGCUGAGAAGAGAGAUGGAGCUGCAGUUGGAGGCCUGGCAGAGACAGACUUUAGGAUCCCAGGAAGAGGAGAGUGCGGCAGCAGCGCUGUGGCAUCAGUACCAGGCCCUGACGUCUCUUCUGUCCCAGCAGCUCUGUGAGCAGCUCCGGCUUGUCCUGGAGCCCACACAGGCUGCCAAACUCAGGGGAGACUUCCGCACAGGCAAACGGUUGAACAUGCGCAAGGUCAUUCCUUACAUCGCCAGUCAGUUCCGCAAGGAUAAGAUCUGGCUGAGGAGAACAAAACCCAGUAAGAGAAACUACCAGAUCUGCCUGGCCGUGGAUGACUCCUCCAGUAUGGUGGACAACCACUCCAAACAGCUGGCAUUCGAGUCGGUUUCAGUCAUAGUGAAUGCUCUCACACUUUUGGAAGUUGGUCAGGUGGCUGUGUGCAGUUUUGGAGAGAGUGUCCAGCUGCUCCAUCCCUUCCAUCAGCAGUUUAAUGACCAAACAGGAGCAAAAAUACUGCGUCUCUGUCAGUUCCAGCAGAAAAAGACCAGAAUAGCUCAAUUUUUAGAGACUUCGACAAAUAUGUUCAUGGCAGCCAAACAGCAGACCCCUGGCUCAACAAAUACUGAAACAUCUCAGUUACUGCUAAUAGUAUCUGAUGGUCGCGGUUUGUUCUUAGAAGGGAAAGAGAGAGUGGCAGCUGCCGUUCAGGCUGCUCGCAGCGCAAACAUCUUUGUCAUAUUUGUAGUGCUGGAUAACCCAAACUCCAGGGAUUCCAUAUUGGAUAUCAAAGUACCCAUAUUUAAAGGGCCGGGUGAGCUGCCGGAGAUUCGGUCCUACAUGGAAGAAUUCCCCUUCCCCUUCUACAUUAUCUUGAGAAAUGUGAAUGCCCUCCCAGAGACACUCAGUGAUGCUUUGAGACAGUGGUUCGAGCUCGUCACAGCCACAGACCAGUAAUGGACACAUGGAAGCAAAUUAAGAGGGGCCAGAAGACAAAAUUGUAAAAUUGAAGCUCCACUGCUGCUAGUCGUCCCAAACAUCAGUGCACACAGCACACCCACAAAAACAUUAGAGAGGCUGCUGUACAUGUGCCUUUUUAAUUUUUUUGAAUUUUGUAGGUUGAUUGAAGUGGUUUCUCUUUUUUCAACACCACAUUCACCAGGAAUUGUUUUCCAGUUGUUACCAUCAGUCAACUUUGCACAUCUUUUAUUUUAUUUUUUUCUUUAACUGCAAGGAAAUGUGAUGCCCGUGUGUGGAAAAACAUCAGUUGAACUGACUGAAUGUUGACUGAAGGGAUCUCCAACCCAGGAGGAUUUCCCACCCCCUUUUUUGUCCUGUAUUCAUCCAGUAUGUGUAUGUGACUUUUCGUGUCAAUGGCACUGGCAAUGUUUGAUAAUAUCAUAUGCAUAAAAGUCCAAUUACAU